UUCUUUAUAUUUUUUACAGGAAGCCAGACAAGUGGACGAAGAUAUUUUACACAAAUUGCUGAAGAAGGUGUCACCCUCAGCUUAUAAACACUUAAAAAAACACAAGAUUGAGCCAGUGUUGUACAUGACAGAAUGGUUCAUGUGCCUUUUCUCAAGAACUCUGCCGUGGUCGUCUGUUCUCAGAGUGUGGGACAUGUUUUUUUGUGAAGGUGUUAAAGUGUUGUUCCGCGUUGGUCUGGUUAUCCUCAAGUAUGGGUUGCGGCCACAGGUGCUCAAGCGGUGCCCAGGCAUGUACGAGACACUUCAGGCGCUGCGUAAUAUUGACCACGGUGUGAUGGCUGAGGGCUUCCUCCUCUUUCAAGUGAGUGACAAAUUCUUCAUGGGUAGUAGAUACUUGUUAUACAUCAUCACCUUCAUUAUCAUCAUCAACAUUGUCAUCAUCAUCAUCAACAUUAUCAUAAUAAUUAUACAUGUUUAUAUU